AUGAAAUUAACAAGCAGAGAGGAGGCUAUAAAUGCCAAUGUUCUAGAGAGAACAUCACUCUCAUUGGCUGUUGACAAAGACCCAGUGAGCGAAAUAGUAAAGUUGAUGAUGAAUGGCAAGGAUAAGAUUGACGAGCCCGAUCGGCUGGGAAGAACAGCUCUAUCAUGGGCAGCUGAGCGUGGGCGUGUUGAUGUUGUGGAAUUGUUUCUUAACAGCGGUGCUGAGUUGGAGCGUGUGGACAAGGACGGAAGAUCACCAUUAAGCUGGGCAGCAGAGGGCGGCUCUCUUGCUGUGGUAAAGCUGAUGAUUGAGAGAGGAGCUAAUGUGAACUUGAAAGAUAAUAAAGGGGCUGGUCCACUUAAAUGGGCAUAUUGGCGUGGAAAGGGGAAUGACUGCAUAGCUCUUCAAAAGCUUCUUCAGAAACAUGGCGCAAGUAGAGUCAGAGAAGUCUGGCUCUCUCGCUUUGAACAUUGUUUGCGAAACACUUGCUUGAUGGUGAAGCAGAAGCUGUUAAAAAAGUAUCACCAGAAGUGA